AUGGCAUACACUUCUCGCAUCAGGAUACAGGGCGCCAACACCGACAGGCCCGUGGUGCGACGCGAGCUGCGGGAUAGGACGCCGGGCGCGGCCGUGAAGACGGAGCCAGAGGCGACGGCGGCGGGCAACGGGCCGCCCAGCACGGAAAAACCGCUACAGGACGAAGCCAACGGAUCGGGGCCGGACUGGGCCAUGGACGAGUCGCCGACGACGGCGAGCUCUGUGACGGGACAGCCGCUGGAAGAGCCGCCGUCGGUGAAGGUGCGCAAGGAGGCAUUUGGCGGAAGACGCCGCGGAAAGGGGAAAGGACCGAAACGGUCGUCUACACCCGACUCGCUGGAUCAGGAGGACGAGGAGGCGUUUGAGGCUGAGGAAUUAAAGUAUAGAGCCGGGCUGAGCACGCGGCGGUCGGACGAGCUCACGCGGCUGAGCACGGAGCGCGACGCGACACACAGAGCGCUGCGCCCUGUGGGGAAACGGCCACAGGAGCCUGUGGAGACGAACGGGCAGUCGCGGCCGGGGUCGCGCAAACGGGGCCGUCGCACGGCGGGCAGCACGGCGGCGCUGUCGAGACGCGUGAAACAGUCGCCGCGCAAGAAGACCAACGGCCAGCUGGCGGUGACGGCGGAUUCUGUCGACCCAGGCCCCGGCGACGACCCGACAGUCCACAACCAGGACUUCUGCGCCGCGUGCGGGCUGCCGGGCCUGUUUCUGUGCUGCGAGGGGUGUCCGCGGUCGUUCCAUUUCCAGUGUCUCAACCCGCCCGCGAGCGACGACGACCUGCCGGACCACUGGUACUGCAACGAGUGCGUGGCGAGCCGGCAAAAACCCAAAAAGAGCCACAUCGGCAUAUUUUCUGUGCUGCUGGACGAGCUGAACACACACAACCCGCUCGCGUUCCGGCUGCCGCGCGAAGUGGCCGAGGCGUUCGAGGGCGUCACCAUGAGCAAAGACGGCGACUUCGAGGACGACAACAUGAAACCGCCAAAGUCUUACAGCCAGCUCCUCGCAGAGGCCCAGGACCCGCUCACCAACGUGUACGACAAGGAGGGUAACCCGUUGUUCUGCUAUAAGUGCGACAAGUCCGGGCUGAACGACCGCCAACUCACACGGUGCGACUACUGCUCGCUGGCAUGGCACCUCGACUGCUUGGACCCGCCGCUUACGUCAGCAAAGUUGCUGGGGUCGAAGUGGAUGUGUCCGAACCACGUGGAGACGGUGAACAAGAGCCGGCGCAAGCUGAGACACCAGCCGAAGGUGGCCGUGGCCAUGACGCGCGAUUUCAAGGCGCCGCCGGACGCGAAUAUUGACAUUAUCAACGUGGACGAUUAUAGCGUGGACGAGCGCGAGCUGGAGGACACAUUCCCGCCAGACCCGGUGUUCCAGUUCCGCAGCACCGACAACGGCGCCGCGUACAAGCUCAACAGGGACCUGGUGAGGAUCGGCAAGGCCGAGGAGAGCGAGAACGUGACGUACCAGAUCAAGGAGGAGGCCAUUAUUCUGGACUUCCUCAAGGGCACCAAGCACAAGCAGCAGCACGAGCAGAAGGUGCGCGACACAGAGAACUUGCGGCUGUACGAGCGGGCCGCGCCGCAGCUGCGCGACUACCUGUGGGGCGUGGCGAAGCUGAGCGAGCGCUCGAUCAUCACGAACCGGCAGAAAAAACUGAACUUGGACGAGCUGCUCAAACAGAUCGACGACGAGUACCGCCUCGAGCACAGCGAGCUGUCGAAGCAGGAGCUGCACGAGCUGCUGAUUGUCAAGAAGCUGAUGGAGAUCAAGGGCCACGACAAGCUGCUGGAGUUUCUGCGGUCGUAG